AUGGCGUCAAAUGAUGAUUCGCAAGAUGAAUUUAUAGCUGAUUUUGAAAAGAAAUUUGGCAAAGACAAAAAGAUUACCGCUGAACAAGCAUGGAAAUUAGCAAAAAAAUAUCAAAAAAAAAAGAAGGAAAGUGAAGAUAAGGAUGGUGAACGAAACAAAGACUCGGAUGGUGACGAUGACAAACCAAAAAAGGACAAGGAGCGAAAGAAGGAUAAGAAUCGUGAUAGUGAUGAUGAUGAUGAUGACCAACGGAAAAAGGACAAGGAGCGAAAGAAGGAUAAAAACCGUGAUAGUGAUGAUGAUGAUGAUGACCAACGAAAAAAGGACAAGGGACGAAAGAAGGAUAAGAAUCGUGAUAGUGAUGAUGAUGACCAACGGAAAAAGGACAAGGAGCGAAAGAAGGAUAAGAAUCGUGAUAGUGAUGAUGAUGACCAACGGAAAAAGGAGAAGGAGCGAAAGAAGGAUAAAAACCGUGAUAGUGAUGAUGAUGAUAAGCAAAAUAAAAAUAAAAAGCGCGACAGUGACAGAAGCGAUAGCCGAGAUUCACCUGACAGAGGUGGUGGACGUGGACAUGGACGUGGGCGUGGGCGUGGACAUGGCCACCAUAAACAUGAGAAACAUGGCAAAAAACACGGAAGACAUUCAUCACGAUCGGGCUCAUCUGGUUCAUAA